UUCAUCGUCUAUGAAUUCAGUUGUUAACAUUUAGUGUCGCGCUUUGAACAAUGAUGUUUUUACACUGUGCAUUUCUCUGGAUAUUAUUUGCCGUAGUAGAUUCCCACUCGCCACUGACGGAAAAGAAGGCAGAAUAUGAAAUUGUCAUUAACAAUCUGCAGAACCAGAUAAACCAAGAAACAUUGAUGAGGCUAUCAUUACUUAAACAAGUGUAUUCAUUGGUCAACGACAUGAUUAACGUGAAAAAUGAAAUGGCAGCCAUGAAAAACAACGCAGAAGAAGUAAGAAAAAGUACCGAUGAUCUUCGGCAUGAAGAUAAAAAAAUGUUAAAUGAAAUAGAAAAGAUGAAACAUGACCACAACGAUACAUCUGAAAGGAUAAUGAACGUGCAGCAUGAGUAUGAUAAAAUGUUGAGUGAGAUAGAACAGAAAAUGAAAAUUAACCAAAACGAAACAUCGGAAACGAUAGGGAACGUGCAGCAUGAAUAUAAAACAAUGUUUAGUGAAAUAGGACAGAGGAUGAAAUAUAACCAAAACGCCACAUCUGAAAGAAUAGUAAACGUACAGAAUGACCUACUCAACGUCAAUAAUUCUGUAGGUUUUCUUCGUAAUUUUACCGAUAAAGUCUAUGCUAAGUACGGUAUCCAAGAAAAUAAAAUGAGAGAUUUAUCAACCGUGCAGGAAAAAAUCCAGUCUACACUGGGUGAGCUGCGCAAUGAAGAUCAAAGAAUACUCUCUGAAACACAACGCAUCAUAGCGAACCGUAGUGAAAAUACAUUUGAAAAAAAUUUGAAGAUGAGGGAAGAUUUAGAGCGAAAUAUCACAUGUAUGGUCAACAACAUGACUGGCCCUUUGGAAAGGCAAGAUUGCUUAGAAUCAAGCCACUGUUGGUUGCUGUAUAAUUUUUCGUAUGAUGCUAGCUGGAAUGGAUGUGAAGGCGGGUCCCAGUACGUAACGAAAACAAACUAUUCUUCUGCCCCUUAUCUUGGUGUGAUGACAUGCAAUUCGACAAGGUCUCUAUCGACACAGAAGGGGACAACAAUUCUCGUUCGGAAAAAUAGGAAGUACACCAACAUCGACCCCAAGAUUUCUCGAAAAAUGGAUAGAGUGUGGUGUCAGCCUACCCGGGAGUGACAGGGUCAUCCGAAUGUAAACCUGGAUAGAAUGUGCUCUCUAUCUAUUAUGAUUUAAAAUAUAGACAAAAUUAUGCGUUUUUUUUAAAAUAUGUCUAUCUGUAUUCUUGGUUCAAAUAAUAUUCAAAACCUUUUUUUAUUUAGGGUGAUCAUCCGUUCAAUGUUAUAGUUUG